AUGGAUGCAGAUUUAGCAGAAAAACUUUAUCAACGCAUUCGUCGUAUUGAAUCCGUCGAAUCAUCAUCAGAAACAUCAUCAAUCAAUGGAAUUAUUGAAGAUAAUGAUCAAUUAAUCUCGUCAACAUGUUUUGAAUCUCAACGAUCUUCUAUAAGUAAUCCAUAUGAUGAAUUUUCUCGAAAACAAAUACAAAAUUUAAGACAAAUAUUUGAAAAAUAUGAUACAGAUAGAGAUAAAUCACUUGAUUUUAAUGAAUUAAAAUUCGUGAUGGAAAAAUUAGGUAUCCCACAAACUUAUUUAAAUUUGAAACAAAUGAUUAAACAAGUGGAUGAUGAUCAUGAUGGGAAAAUAUCUUUUCGAGAAUUUUUAUUAGUUUUUCGUAAAGCGAUUGCUAAAAAUAUUGACGCAGAUAAAGAAAAAUCAGUUCUUUUAUAUCAAUUCUAUUCGAUGCUUUUUGAAAUUGAUGUUGCAAAAGAAGGUGUUAGUGUUGCAAAGAAUUUUUUUGAAGCUAAAGUAGCUGCAAUUAAAGAUGGCGACAAAUUUCAACGAGAAAUUCGUGACGAACAAAAUCAACGACGUCGCUUAGAGGAAGAUAAAAUCCGUCGUAAAUUAGCAUUUCAAACUCGUCUUGCUCUAUUUCAAACAACAUGA